UAUAAUCGGUUCACAAACAACCAAACUACAUGCUAGAGAAGAGCUCAAUGUUGAUAGACCAACAAGUUACAAAGUUUCUGAGAAGAAUUGACAGUUGAUAAAGAACCUCCUUGCCUACCAAUAACACCAUGGAUGAGACUUGUACAUGGCAUCGUGAUGGGUGUCACCAGAGUACUGUAUUAGAAAUGUUAGAACGUUUCCGUACUGAUGGGCAUCUAUGUGACGUGACGUUGAAGAUUGGCGACCACUGUGUUAAGGCACAUAGGGUUGUUCUUGCUGCAAGUAGUCCAUACUUCCAAGCAAUGUUUAUGGGCAGCAUGCUAGAAAGCCAGCAAAGUACCAUCAUCAUUAAAGAUAUGGAUCCAAAUGCAUUGGAUGCCAUAGUAACCUAUGCCUACACAGCUAAAAUCAAGCUUGAUCAAGACAACGCAGAGAGCAUCUUAGCCUGCGCUAACCUUCUUCAAGUCACCAGUGUUUACAACGCUUGCUGUGUCUACUUAGCAUCCCAUCUCAAUGCCGCUAACUGCUUAGGGAUCUGGCGCUUAGCAUCUUUCUAUGCAAGUCACGAUUUAGAGCAGCAAUCUUUUAGGUUUGUGAGAGACCAUUUCCAGGAGGUGGCCGGAGAGGCGGAGUUUCAGCUGCUGACUUGGAGGGAUCUUGAGAAGCUAGUUGCUUGUGAGGAUCUAGCUGUUUCUUGUGAAGAGCAGGUCUUCAAAGCUAUCGUAGAGUGGGCCAAACUGAACCCAUCCACGCGCUCGUCCAAAGUCUGGAUGUUACUGAAGUACGUCGCCAUCCCUUUACUGUCGUCGGAAUUCUUGCUCGAUCAAAUAGAGAGUGAACCCAUUCUAUCACAAGAGGGGGCUGUUGCAGCACAGCUACAGAAUCUUCAGAUUCUCAGCGAGGGGGAUAAUCCUGUAAGGACUAGAGGACACAGAAAAAAAAUUAAAAUACUUGUUGCUGUAGGAGGAGAAUGCGAAGGAUGUUCUCUUAACUCUUGCUACGUCUUCUCAGAGGGAAGUGACAAAUGGUCCCGGACUCUCCCAGUAGUCCAAAGCCAUGGAGUCAGGUCACCAGACCAUGGGAGUCUAUCGGUUGUUUCUAUGAGCACUGAACGUUCAGCUUUCGGAAUGGCGUGUGACGGGAAGACCAUUUAUGUUGCAGGCGGAUUGUCCACGACCUCUGAUUGCAUCAAUACCUUAGAGAGUUACAACGUCGAAGACAACACAUGGGGCCCUCUCUUUACGAUGAGAGAAAAUCGUCAUGGCUGCCAAGCCUGUCUGCUAAACAACGAGCUGUAUAUCAUCGGCGGGCAUAACGGCAGGGCUUAUUCCGCCACUGUGGAACGAUUUACCCCAGGGGCUGAAACUUGUGAUAGCGUAUCUUCUCUACCUCACCCUAAGGCAUUCGCAGGAUCGACCGUCAUGGGAGGUCGUAUAUAUGUUAUUGGUGGGACAGGUUGUAAUGGAACCAACAUAUACCACACCAGUGUACAUUAUUACGAGCCAGUUGGUAACUGCUGGAUCUCCGUAGCACCGUUACAAGAACGUCGCGCUUACGUCGGAGCAACCGUCCUCAAUGGUUGUAUCUACGUUAUCGGAGGAUUCAAUGGAAAAUGGCUGAAGACUGUAGAGAAGUACGACCCCCAGCUCAAUCAAUGGGUCUAUGUAGCGUCUAUGAAACAGGAACGCAGUAGUUUUGGAAUCAGCGUAUCGAACGGGUGUGUUUACGUUGCUGGUGGGUUUGACGGUAAGCGGUGUUUGAGUACUGUCAUUAAGUAUAACCCGUUGAUUGAUCGAUGGUGUAAUGCUGUUAGUCUGCCUUCAAGUCGUUAUGGUGUGUCACUUGCAUCCAUUGAACUAUGAAGCACUCUAUAAUGGUUUCAUUUUAAAAGGCACUGGAGAUGGGUGUAUUUAUGUUGCUGGUGGGUUUGACGGUAAGCGGUGUUUGAGUACUGUCAUUAAGUAUAACCCGUUGAUUGAUCGAUGGUGUAAUGCUGUUAGUCUGCCUUCAAGUCGUUAUGGUGUGGCACUUGCAUCCAUUGAGCUAUGAAGCGCUCUAUAAUGAUUGCAUUUUAAAGGCACUGCUUGAAACGUUUUUUUGACAGGUCUUUUUCUUCAGCUGCGCCAGGCAU